GUAUUGUAAACUGUUCAUAAACUCUGUAGCCUAUAAAGCUAUCAGUGAUUGUUAUGCAAGAUUGCUCACUUCCUGUAACCAAUAAAAGGAUCUACCGUAAACCUGCAUGUAAAUGUACAGGCAGCUAUCACAGCAGUUUCUUUUACGCCUGCUUCGUUUAGGUUAAUGACAGCAAGACGGCAAACCAACCCUCCCUCUCUGUCAUAUUCAGCCAAGUACGCUAGUCCCUAGUUAACACAGCCACAAAGUCAGAUUCCACAGCCACAAAGUCAAAAUUGGCAACAAAAAAAGCUUUUUGGUCUUCAUUUAAGGUUAGGGUUAGGCAUAAGGGUAGCAGUGUGGUAAGGUUAGGUAAAUCAAAUUGUAAGAAGAUAAAUUGUAAAAAUGGGCGGGGUUUAGCCAUAAUUAUGACUUUGUGGCUAUGUUAACUAGUGACGACCCAAACAGGCAGAGGGUUGGACGCUGCAUGAUAUGUCCCUUAUCAAAAAAAAAAAAGGUCUAGCCUUGAUUGCAAGGUUUUGGUAAACAGUGUGCUCCUACUGUCUUUAAAACGUGUUCAACAGAAAUUACACAACGAUUCCCAAGUAACAGACCAACAUAAGGAGCCAUGAUGAGGCGCAGCAGAACAUUGACUUUCGUGCAAGCAGACAUUCGCACUGGACCUUUUGCAUUUUGCAAUAUGGCGCUUCGAGGUGCUGCUUGCACAGACGAGAUAAACAUGGAGGGGAAAGUGGAAGGGAAGGCACGAUUAUUAUUAAAAUCGUACGGUGAGGCGACUCUCUCGCACCCUCCCCCACCAAGACAGCAAAACGGGAACGGGGGGGCGGUCGUCCUUUAUGUUCAGCUAGCCAUACCACUAAUCCAUACUCGCAAAUUAUGAGGUCAUAUUGCUUUUUGAGUAUAUGUUGUAUGUAUGUGAAGUCAUUACAACGUUAUUCUAUGCAGAAUAGAAUGGCCAUAUCAUCAAUAUUUGUAUUAAUGUAUCUUCUUGCAACAGUACAUGGAUCCCCUCUCUGAAUGAUCCUCUGCUUAGUAGAACAGAAGCGAGAAAACCAUCUCGACCUCAUUAUUACAUAUUUAUGCACGGCAGGGAGUGGCCACUGUGGUCAGGCUCAACCAAUACGAUCGCAGCGGUGGAAGGAAGGCGUUUCACUCUAUUCGGAAGAGAACUUCUCUAACAGCGCUAACCCAGCAGUGCUUAGGAAAGGCAGAUAGAGUCAGGCAGCGGCAAGGGGUGGCUGUACGACCCUCUUUUGGGGGGGGGGGUCUGAUUAUUACAAAAAAAUAUACACACAUAUAUGCAUGCCCUGGCCGCAAGAUAGGUCAUAUGACGAUAAUAGGUAUUUUAGAAAGCAUAUAGCUAUAUAUAUCUAUACAUUUAAGAUGCCUAUUUUACUUUUCCUGAUAGACACGUCCGCUUCUAUGAAUCAGCGCACUUAUUUGGGUACGACGUAUCUGGACAUUGCUAAAGGCGCGGUUGAGAUCUUUAUGAAGCUGCGUGCCCGAGACCCUGCUAGUAGAGGCGACAGGUACAUGCUAGUUACAUUCGAUGAUCCACCAUACGGAGUUAAGGCGGGCUGGAAGGAGAACCAUGCCACGUUUAUGAGUGAACUGAAGAACCUGCAGGCGUCUGGACUGACCACUCUGGGUCACGCUCUCCGCGCGGCCUUUGACCUCCUCAACCUGAACCGCCUCGUCUCCGGCAUCGACAACUAUGGACAGGGCCGUAACCCGUUCUUUCUGGAGCCGUCUGUGAUCAUCACCAUCACGGAUGGGAACAAGCUGACUCACAUCUCUGGGGUACCGGAUGAGCUCCACCUGCCCCUGACCUCUCCCCUGCCAGGCAGUGAGCUGACCAAGGAGCCAUUUCGGUGGGACCAGCGUCUCUUCGCCCUGGUGCUGCGUCUCCCUGGGGCGGCCACGCCCGACAGCGAGCAGCUGGGCAGCGUCCCCACUGACGAGUCUGCCAUCACCCAGAUGUGUGAGGUCACUGGAGGACGAUCAUACUGUGUGCGGACUCAGAGGAUGCUGAACCAGUGUCUGGACUCUCUGGUCCAGAAGGUUCUGAGUGGUGUCGUCAUUAACUUUGAAAAAACAGGGCCAGAUCCGCCUCUGGUAGGCGAAGAUGGUAUGGUUGACCCGAGCCGGCCCGUGUUGUCCUUCAGCCCACAGCCCUGGCACAGCUGCCACAAACUCAUCUACGUGCGACCCAACCCCAAGACAGGGGUGCCCGUAGGCCACUGGCCCAUCCCUGAGUCCUUCUGGCCGGACCAGAACUCCCCCGCUCUGCCUCCUCGCUCUGCCCACCCCAUGGUGCGUUUCACCUGUGUGGACUGUGAGCCCAUGGUGAUUGACAAGCUGCCCUUUGACAAGUACGAACUGGAGCCCUCACCACUCACCCAGUACAUUCUGGAGAGGAAGUCUCCACACAUGUGCUGGCAGGUGUUUGUGAACAGUAGUGGAAAGCACAGUGACCUAGCCCAGCCCUUUGGCUACCUGAAGGCCAGCACUACUCUCACCUGUGUCAACCUCUUCGUCAUGCCUUACAACUACCCAGUUGUUUUGCCACUCCUUGAUGACCUGUUCAAAGUGCACAAACUGAAGCCAAACCUAAAGUGGCGGCAGGCCUUUGAGAUCUACCUGAAGACCAUGCCUCCUUACUUUCUCUUGCCAUUGAAGAAGGCACUGAGAAUGAUGGGAGCGCCCAACCUCAUCUCCGACAACAUGGACUGUGGCCUCAGCUACAGUGUCAUCUCCUACCUAAAGAAGCUUAGCCAGCAGGCGAAGAUGGAGUCGGAUCGCCUGAUCGUGUCUGUAGGGAAGAAGGCUCCCCAGGAGACUGGUAUAAAGGUGAAGAACCACUCCAACACCCUGUCCCUGGCCCACCGCAAAGACUUCAAGCAGCUGCUGCAGGGUAUCACCGGAGAGAUGUCCCUCCGCCUCGCAGACAUCAACUUCAAGGAGUUUGCCGGUUUUCAGAUUGCACUGCUCAACAAGGAUCUAAAGCCUCAGGCGUAUCGGAACGCCUAUGACAUCCCCAGGCGGAACCUUCUGGAUCAGCUGACACGGAUGCGCUCCAACCUUCUGAGGACUACUCAGAAACUCAUCAGAGGACAAGAUGAAGACUACCUUCACAGUAUACCAAUGGUUCAGAUGGGCAACUAUCAGGAGUAUCUAAAGAUGAUGCCGUCUCCUCUGAGAGAGAUCGACCCUGACCAACCCAAACGCCUGCACACCUUCGGCAACCCCUUCAAACAGGACAAGAAGGGGAUGAUGAUUGAUGAGGCAGAUGAGUUUGUAACUGGUCCCCAAAGCAAGAAGAGAGGCGUUACGGGGGACCCCACCUCGGGGGCUGCUCUGAAGAGAAGGCGGAGCAUGUCCCCUUUAUUGCGUCGGCCCCAGACUCCACCAAUCAUCACCAACCAUGUAGUGGGGAAGGGGCCCAAUGGGAAUGGGGCCCAGGGCCAGCCUGGUCUCAUCAAGCCCAUCCCACUGCACAAAGGAGCAGAGGGGAACAGUGUGCUGGGCAGAGAGAGUAACGGGGAGGGGGGUGUGGGGCCUGAAUCAGGGGAUGGCUGGCCUGGAGGGGUGGUGGACGGUGUGGGAGGGGGCACAAAUGCACUCAUCCUGGAGGAGAGAGAGCGGGAGAGGCCUGGGAUGUGUGCAGGGGACAGCAGGGAGGACAGUGGCGUGGAGGAGGACAGGUUAGGGGAGGGCGGCCUGGAUGAGCGGCCCUCCUCAGAGAGACAGCAGCAAAACUGUGAGGGGGACCAGGAGGGAGAGCUGGAGGGAGAGGAAAAUGGAGCAGACCAAGCUGAGCCCCAGGCGGUCACCAUAGCCCCACUAGAUGGCAGCAAUGCUGAGCUGCGCACACGGGUCAUCAAGGAGGUCCGCAAACCAGGCCGCAACUAUGAGACCAUAUUCAGGCUGCUGGAGGAGGUGAAGGGGUCUGUGACGGUUCAGAGGUACUUCAUCCAUCACGCGAUCAAGGAGGCUGCCAGGUUUAAGAAGCGGGUGCUGAUCCAGCAGUUGGAGACAGCUCUGGAGUUGAUUGAGGAGAAGGAGCUGCAGCUCCCUGCUGUCCGCCUCAACAACGACCACGGUAGAUAGUGAAGAAGUGGCCUGCAGGGGUCCCUGCUCAGAAACACAAAGACAUGGACAGGAACCGGGUACUCUCCUUCACAAGACAUGGACAGGAACCGGGUACUCUCCUUCACAAGACAUGGACAGGAACAGGGUACUCUCCUUCACAAGACAUCGACAGGAAUAGGGUACUCUCCUUCACAAGACAUUACUUACACAUGGUCAAACAACACCCCAUAGGAUGGAACGUUUGGUGUUGAAUGGAGAGAAAUAAGGAGGCAAUAGAAGAGAAGACAGAGGGCUGAGGUCCCUCCCUAUCUAUGUGCUGUGACACUGUGCCUCAACUGCACUCACACAUGGAGAUGGAAGGGUCAGGGGUUAUAAUUCGGGAGGGAGAAGGAGGGUUGGGCCAGUGCCAGACCAAUGUGGGGAUGAGUUAAGAGACUCUGGAUGUAAUCCACUCCAUUAGUGACUGAUGCCAUUGCUGACCAUAUGGCCAAGUCAGUCUGUCCACAGACAUUGAUUCAUUCACACACACACCAUAGACUUAGAUAGAAAUCGCAUCAUUGUAUCUGUCCCAUUAUGCCGUCUGUGAGAGCACGGGUAGCACCAUUGAGGCCAUCUCCAUUUUGAAAGUAGUUGAUUUUCUUCUACUAUUUCUAUGAGUUGGCAAACAAACUGAAAUGGUGCAUACUGCCACCUAGAGUGUGUUGUUUAGACAGGUAUAAAGCCAAGGUUUUGCUCACAAGUAUAAUUAUUUGGCUUGUCCCUUCAUGUGAUCCAUCCUUAACCCAUAGGAAGUCCCACCCAGUUGACUACUUCAAAAUGGCGCUGCCCAUGCUAAAACUUGCUUUUGAGCCACUAGUUCUCUAUCUAUCUCUAUGACACACACACACACACCUUUUGAAUUAGGUAUUGCACACACUGUAGUGCAGUUCUGAUUAGUCACUAUAGGACAGGAAGGAUUUUUCAUGUGAGGCAUGUAAUAUUGGAACUCUUAUUACAGCAAUUUUACAUGUAGUGUAAUUACUAGUAAUACUGGUAAUGACUAUUGACAAUACAGCUGUAGGACAACUGUGCUCACAUUACAGUUCAGAGCAAUAAGGAUAUCUGCCAACUGAUCAGAAGGUUUAACAUUAGCCUAUUUAUGUGUGGCCUAAAAAUAUACAUUUGAUGUAAGAAACACACUGUGUACUGACUACAUAGGCGUUGUGGCUCACAUGAGAAGUCUGAUCUACCUCAAGUCUUCUAGGUGUUGGAGUGUUGUGGGUAUUUUGUGUUGCAUGGGCCUGCAGGACAAUAAUACAAUGUCAAAUCAGAUACUGACCUAAGAUGCCCUCCAUGGAUCAACUGUCCCAGCAUGGGAGCUGUCUUCAAAGCAAUAGCACUCUUCAUGUAGGUUAUGUUCAGUAACAUGUGUGGACUUGGUGCAGUAAAACAUUGGUGCAGUCAUUGAGAGGACGCCAGCUGUUGGGGUCCAUCUUGAGGGUCUGGACUGGAGCCUGGCCUGCUGUCCCCUCCCUCCUUCCCUGGCGCCUCGCUCCCUCCCUCCC